CACUGUUCCCACCUCGCUCCCCUGCUCCCGCUCCAGUUUGUUCCGGGGCCACCCCCCACCCAUCCCGCCGCCGCGGGGCCGACUCCCCACCGCGCUUCCCGCUCCGCCCCGCGGGGCACGGCGCCCGGAUGCGCGGCCCUUCCGGGAGCGAGUCCCGCCCGCUGUCCCCGCCGCCCCGCCCUGCCGGGUGCCUCGCCGCCGCGGCUGCCCAUGGAGGCCGAGGCGGAGGCCGAGGUGCGGCUCCUCUUACGAGAAGCUCAGGAGAGCAUCGAGGCGGCGCGGAGCUACCGGCGGGAGUUAGAGCAACGCCUGCGGGGGCUGCACCAGGCACGGGAGCAGAUCAGAGAAAGUGCCACACUGACCAGAGAUGUACUUGAGCAACAUUUUAAUGAUUUGAAAGGGACUCUAAAGAAGCUGUUGGAUGAGCGACUGCUGUCCCUGCUGCAGGAAGUGGAUGCUAUAGAACAAGACAGCAUCAAACCCUUGGAUGAAUGCCAGAAGCUGAUAGAGCACGGAGUCAGUACGGCCGAUGAGCUGCUCCGGGAAGGAGAGAGUGCAGUCCAUGGAGAUGUGGGACCACAGAAUGAGAAACUCUGCAGCUUCACAAAAAAAGCUUUACAUAUUCAGCUCGAUAGCUUGCCAGAAGUGCCUUCCUUGGUUGAUGUGCCUUGUUUAUCUGCUCAGUUGGAUGAUUGCCUUCUCACUAUACUGAAGAAUCAGAUAUUCAGACAUGGAACUGUGGCCUCUCGCCCUCCUGUACAGCUAGAAGAGUUCAUUGAGAAGCCUGGAGGCAUUUUAGUCCGGUGGUGUAAGGUGGAUGAUGACUUCCUCCCUCAGGAUUACAGACUGCAGUAUCGCAAGGGCACUGCCAGUCACUUUGAAGAUGUGUAUGUGGGCUCAGAGACAGAGUUCAUAGUGCUGCACAUCGAUCCCAAUGUGGAUUACCAGUUCAGAGUCUGCGCCCGAGGCGACGGGCGGCAGGAGUGGAGCCCCUGGAGCAUUCCGCAGAGCGGCCGCACCACGCUGGUUCCCCAUGAAUGGACAGCUGGCCUGGAGGGCUACAGCCUCAGCAGCCGGAGGAACAUCGCGCUUCGCAACGACUCCCAGUCCUGCGGCGUGCUCUACUCCAAGGCUCCCACUUACGUCUGCGGGCAAACGUUAACCUUCAGAAUCGAGACCGUGGGGCAGCCAGACAGGCGGGACAGCCUGGGGGUGUGUGUGGAGCAGCAGAACGGCUUCGACUCCUUGCAGCGGGACAAAGCUGUCUGCAUUAGCACCAACGGGGCAGUGUUUGUGAAUGGAAAAGAGAUGACAAACCAGCUGCCUGCUGUGACGUCUGGAUCAACGGUGACAUUCGACAUGGAAGUUGUGCAGCUGGGGCCUGCCAGCAGCGAGGGAGGAAACUUCAAGCUUCGAGUGACCAUCAGCUCCAACAACAGAGAAGUGGUCUUUGACUGGGUACUUGAUCAGUGUUGUGUCUCUUUGUAUUUUGGAUGUUCAUUUUCAUACCCAGGCUGGAAGGUUUUGGUGUUUUAGUAGCAAGCAAAGGGCUGUUUGUUCUUGCUCUGAAGGGUAAGGUUCAAACCUGGGCUUCCAGCUGUUUGACACCAACAAGCUGUUAACAAACCCCUGUCUUUAUACUACUUGAACUCCACGGUAUUGUCCUUCCUACUGGAUUCAUUUAAGCAAUUGUGAAGCAUUGGAUUUGAUACUCUGGAAAAAGCUAGGAACAGGCACUUGUGUAGGCAAAGUACUUUAAGCAGUCCCUAGGACCUUGCCCUCUUCUCCACCAGACUUGAUUUUUGUCAGUAUUUCGUUGUACUCUCGUCUCAGGGUACGCAGGUUGUGUAGUUACCUUUGCUUGAUGCUGCUGCUGUGGGAUACAAGCCUGUAGACCUUCAGGGGGGUGGUAAUGGACCAAAGUUUUAUUUAUACCACUCAACAAGUGAUGUCCUGCUUUGCUUCCUCUCACCAUGCUGCCUUACUCCUGAGAAUGGGCUCUGCAUGCAGCAGCCCUUCCCUCCCACCCAUGGUACUGCUCCUUCCCCCAGAGCAAGGACCUCUGAGCCAUCACGUCUGUAAGAUACAGAGGCAGGCUGGCAGUGUCUCACUUAAGUGCCUUAUUUCCAGAACUUUCUUGACCUGGUCUGUGCUGUCACUUGGAGUUUCCAGAGCAGCUGCAUGGUGAUGCAGCUUCAUGCAGCAGAUGCUUGCCUCAAACUAGACCAAUACCUGAGCAGGGUGGGUACCUGCAUCUGCCCUGGAGGUCUCCCCCAGGUACAGCUGUGUGGCCUGUGGCAGCAAGCCUUAGUGAUUAGCGCUCAGGCAUGGUGCACAGAUUGGCAGCUGUGAUUCCUCACAGAGCCCUUUGAAGACAUACAGGCAACCUUCUUCCUGUUAUCACAGGGGCAAGGGAAGUGCUGUUCUGGCCUGCAAGAUUUUGGGCAGUCCCUGCUAAUCUGCCUGGGAACACCCCACAGGCAGGUGCAGGUGUACAGGCCAAGCACUGGGGACAGGCCCAGCUAACAGAGCAGGGGCUGCUGCAGGGGUCCAUCUGAGGAGAUGGAGUUUGAGUAUGGGCUUGAGGCAGGCCCCACUGACACAGAUUUAACCUGUGGCAGUCAAAGUGAAGCAGGUGGUGGUGAUUUAGCUCUCUCCUCCAUGUAGUAGGCUGGGACAAGGAAUUGUUAUGCAUUAAUUGACUUUUAAUUCAGGAGUUACAUAACAACUAAGAGUUAGAAUGAGCUUACCAGGGUGAGCUUGUUCCUGGUUAAAAGAUUGCAGUGCUACUGGAUUUAAAGAAUAGUUUAAAGCAGUACUCACUGAGGGCUGCCUUACCUCAAGCUGACCUAAAAUUCAAUAUAUUUUAGCAUGUUAGAAUAACAAUAUUUUUGUAAGACCUAGACAAUCAUUCUGCCCUCUUCCCCUCGGUACCAGCAUGCUACCUUUUCCCUCUCUGCCAGCAUGAAAAGCUGAGUUGGCAUCAAUGUCCCCCACACUCAGUGUCAGCACAGCAAGCUCAGCCCUCCUGCCUGGAUGUUUGCUCCAGUAUGUGUACCAGGGGCACAAGUCAGAAGAGGGGAAUAGCUGCUGGUGUUGAUGCUAUUACAAGGAAGAGUCAUGAGUAGGUUCAGAUAGAUUCAAAGAACUUGCACAUGGCCAGGUUAGGCUGGGAUUUACUGUAGGGCCUAAGGUAACUCCUGCAGGUGAGAUUGUCCAGGGGUAGCAGCAAAAGGCCUGCAAGAGUCUGAUUUCUUUAAGCUUAACUUCCAUUGCUAGAAGAAAGAGUACUUACCUUGGACUUCAGUGUUCCUUAGCCCGAGGUAUUUGCAGUGCUUUCAUUAGGAUUCGAUUCUUUUCUUGUAGCCAAGAAGGCUCAGUAGAUAAUCCUGUUCAGUAGCAGUCCUGUUGGAGGGGCAGGCUGGCACUCCAGCUGGCAGCCAGCUUCCAUCAUGCUGCACUUGGUGGUGCUGGUUGUGAAACGUAGUUCAGGUGUCAGGUACUAGUUGUAACUUAGGACUUUUACCAUAUGCAACUAAAAUUGUGACUUUCGACACAUGAGGUACCAACAAGUCAGGUACCUUGUCACCUGCUUCUGGAGGGCCCAGUCAGGACCUGCACUGCAGGCUAUUGACCUGGGUGGGAGAAAAAGAGAGCUUAAACCUUGAAUUCAGGUACUUCAGAGAUGGCAGUGUCCUCUCCCUUUGUUCACACAAAGCAGCUGAAGGUGACUCAAGGAGAGCAGCCAGGGCCUCCUGCAGUCCUGCAAAGUUGAAGGGGGCAACAAAUCAUUUGUCUGACUUCAGUUGCUUAUUGAAGGAGGGCAGCCUGCCCAGGCCAGGGGUUGUAGCUUCAUGUAAGCCUUGCUGUCCAAACUGCAAAUCAGGUACUGUUCAGCCACCUCUUGGAGCUGCACCUUUUAAACCUGGGAUGGGUGAAGGCUCAGGGCAAGACCCUUGAUUAGUGAAGUAAGAAAUUAUGCAAUGAAUCAGCAGAGGCUUGAAUGAAAAAGGUUGAAACUCUUUCCACAGCAGAGUUCAGCCAAUGGGAAACUUGACUCAUAGUUUUUCACCUGUAGCUCUUGGAGCCUUGCAAGCAGCAGAGAUAACUGCUUCUGAAAACCAGUCCUGAAAGUUGUUUUCCUAAGCUAGUACAGUCACUUACCUCAGCUAAGACUUGUGUCAAGUGAAAUUUGAAUUUUUUUAAAUAAAGUUUUGUCCCUCAACUGA